AUGGCUUCCGACCCGCAGAGAGAGUUUUUGUUCCUGAACCAGUCUCUAACUUCCCAGCCCCGUUCGCAGAGGGAGAAAGAGCUCCAGGAUGCCGAUCGUCGGGCUCAUGCCGCUCGCAACUCUAGACUCAAGCGAUCCGCUCAGCAGCCGGAAGACGAAGCUGCCAGCUUGAUAAGCCGCUCCUCCAAAAGAUCCAGUCGUCGUCCGGAUGAAGAGGUCCAACAGGACGGUGACGAUCCGGCUCUUCCACUCGUCAAACAGCAGCUGGCUGUCCGACCACGGGCUCGCGGACGUCGGCAGACCACGGCUGUGCCAUCUCUCACGCCAAACACGUUGACCCCCCGCGUUCUCUUGGGUCAGGGUAACCACGAUCCUUUCGACACCGCCUCAGUUAGUGGGCUCCCUCCUUUCAUUUACGAUAUCCUGAACCAUUCCUACCGCUUCGUUUGGCCUAUCGUGCUGAACCGAGACCCGAAAGACGCUGAACAAUACGCGGUCAUGAGAUCGAGGAGCGCGCGGGAGAAUCCUUUUGUUCUUCAUGCACAGAUUGCCAGUGCUGGGGGGCACCGACUCCGGCUGCUUCCGGCUGGAGACCCAUCUCGGUCACUCAUAGCACAAGCAGUAUCGUACCAUGAACGGAAGGCCCUCGAAGCAGUUGCGGAGAUACUACAAAAGAACCCGGGGCCGCCCUGGGAGAGCAUAGUUGCGGCGCUGAUUUUGGUGACGUGGCCGGCGGGAACUCACGAGGAAGGCCCGUCCAAGUAUCCAGUUUCCCCCAUGGCGCGGGGGCAGAAUCUACACCUUUUCAACAACAUGAUAUUGACACCGGGCAGAAUCCAGCAGAUCCAGCGAUUCUACCACAUCCUCGAGCCUCUAGGUGGAUUGGAAGGUCUCUCGACGCUUGAUCACUUGCAGGUUUUCAGCUUUGCGGACGCGUUUGUGUCGUCCCGACUCGGCGUCCGUCCGCUUUGGCCGUGGCCCAACAAGCUGCACCACGCCUUGGACGCAUUUGACGACCUUGUGCUUGACCCGCGUGCAUUUCAACUGUCCCUGGUGAUGGGGCGCGGCUUCUCCUGCGUGAAAGAUGCUCGACUCCGCCGUCUCCUGAUGUUGGCAUGCCGAACCACAUUGGCCAUCGAUCUGUAUCACCGAAAGUGUCCCACCGCACCCUCGAUGAGGGAACUCUGCAUGGCCAGGAAUGCCGUGCAGCACCAGCUGUGCGCGCUCGACCCGCCGUCUGAUCUGGUGCCUUCACAUGACGACUCGCUCUACAACAUGGUCCGGCUUGCUGCACUGAUAUACAGCGACCUAGUGAUUUUCCCGCUCGGCGAAUCCGUGAGUGUCAAGUCGCAGCUUGCGUACGACCUGCGGAAAGCGCUGGAACUGUUCUUCACGGGCGAGACCCUGGAAGCAAAGGCCGAACGCGAGCUCACGCUCUGGUGUCUAAUUAUGGGAACCAUGGCAUCAUACGGGACAGUCCACCAGGAAUGGUAUGUCGCGCAGUUGGGGUGUACCUUGCGUGAGGACGGUCGACUGUUGGACUGGAUCCUGUUCCAGACUCUGAUGUCGCAUUUCUUGUGGUGGGACCAUGUUUUGCAGCCGCGGUGCUGGGAUGUCUGGAACGAGGCCGCACCAUCGGUCCCGGAGGAGUCGAGCCCGUCCCCUCCUGAGAACCGAGAUGCUGCCACUAUGUAG